UCUACAUUUGUAAUGACUGUACUUCACCUAAUCUACAUUUCUAUGUCCAUUUUUCUCAUAACUUUUGUAGUUGUUGCAACUAAAAACUUGCAAAGAUUGUUACCAUGGGAGGUUCAUCAUCAUCAGAUAAAGGUGCAGCACCAUCAUCACAUUUCAGGUAUGAUGUUUUUCUGAGCUUUAGAGGCUACACAAGACUCAGAUUCACAGACACACUCUAUCAUGCUUUGAUCAACAAAAGAAUCGACACCUUCAGAGAUAGCGAGGAGCUGCGAAUAGGGGAGGAGCUCGAAGGUUCUCUUCUUGAAGUCAUUGAAAGAUCAAGGAUGUCAAUUCUGAUACUUUGUGAUAAGUAUCCAACUUCGCGGUGGUGCCUUGAUGAACUGGUCAAGAUCAUGGAGUGUUCGGAAAACGGAAGAAAGCGACCGGUGUUACCAAUCUAUUUCAAUGUGGCAAAAUCUGACGUGCAGUUUCAGCUUAAUGAAUAUGGAAAAGCCAUGGCUGCUCAUCAAGAAAAAGGCAGAUACAAUCACAAGUUAGAAGCAUGGAGGUCAGCUUUGUCUGAAGUAGGCAAGAUUUAUGGUCAACGCUGUGAUCACAAUACACCUUGGGGUAUGGCUAUUGAUAAUAUUGUUGAAGAGGUCACAAAAAGACUUCCUCCCUUGCCUCUGCAUAUUGACCGUCCACUUGGAUGUGAUUCUGAACUUGAAGAGGUUAAAUUACUUUUGGACAUUGGUUCUCAUGCUACCUGUUUCAUGCUGGGAAUUCAUGGAGAUGGUGAAAUAGGCAAAUUUGUUGCGGAGCUGUACAACAAGAUUAGGCCUCACUUUGUAAUUGCAAGUUUUCUUUCUAAUAUCAGUGAGAAAACAAAUGAAAGUGGUGGUGGUCUAGAACAUCUACAAGAAACACUUCUUUCUGAGAUGGGAGAGGAGGUGAAGUCUAAGAUUGGAAGCACAUUCAAAGGAUCCUCUGAAAUAAAACGAAGACUAGGCCAAAAAAGAGUCCUUCUGGUUUUGGAUGAUGUUGAUAGUACACAUCAACUAAAUUCGCUAGCAGGAGGAAUUGAUUGGUUUGGUCCUGGUAGUAGGAUCAUUAUAACAACAAGAUAUGAAGAUGUGCUAGACGAUUAUGUGUCAAAUAAUGGUGUUGAGGUUAAGAAAUAUUUCAUCACUGAAGGAAGUGGUUCUACUGUGAAGGAAGAAAAUGUAGUCGGAUUGGAGAAAGAUUUUGAAAUUGUGAUUAAUCAACUCAAGGAUGAAGAUUCUCCUGGGAAUGUUGUUUCCAUUGUUGGCAUGGGUGGGAUAGGAAAGACUACCCUUGCUCGAAAGAUCUAUAAUAGCAAUGAGGUGAAGAAGUUAUUCCCUUGCUGUGCAUGGGCAACUGUUUCCAAGGAGUUCAGCGCAAAGGAAGUUUUUAAAAGCCUUCUCAAGUGUCUGAAGCCUUCCACAUCUAAAUUUGAAGAUUCAAGUGGUGAAGAGGAGCUGAGGCAGAAGGUGAGGAAAUGUCUGGAAGGAAAAAAGUACUUGGUAGUCCUUGAUGAUGUUUGGGACACUAAAGCGUGGCACACUGUGAAGAAUUGUUUCCCAGAAAACAAUGAUGCUAGCACGAUACUAAUAACUACUCGUAAUGAUCAGGUGGCCUAUGUUUCAGAGUCAAAGGAACCUCAUCACAACCUUUCCUUUAUGGAUAAAGAAAGAAGCUGGGAACUGUUUCACAAGGAGGUUUUCUGCAGAAGAAAUUGUCCUCCUGAGCUAGAAUAUAUUGGCAGAUCAAUUGUUGAAACUUGCAAGGGUUUACCAUUGGCUAUCAAAACCACAGCUGGGCUUGUUGCAAAGAGGGAGAGAUCAGAGGAUGCAUGGGAAGAAAUCAUGAAUUUACUGCCUUAUUGGAGUGUUGCUGAUGAGGAUAGUAGUGAGGAGAUGAUGGAGCUUUUGAAGUUUAGCUAUGAUGAUUUGCCCAACAAAAUGAAGCCAUGCUUUCUAUAUCUUGGGGUGUUUCCUGAAGAUAAAGAGAUUCGGGUGAGAGACUUAAUCCGUCUAUGGAUAGCAGAAGGGUUCAUAGAGCCAAUCCAAACUGGAAGAUCAAAAUCACCACCACAACCUGAAGAUAUUGGUGAGCAAUACUUGAAGGAGCUAGUGGAUCGAAACUUAGUACAAGUCGUGAAGACGAGGUGUGAUGGCAAAGGCGUGAAAACAUGUCAGAUCCAUGAUCUCUUCCGGGAAUUGUGCAUAUCAGAGAGCAACAAACCUGAUAACAACAACAACAAUGCUUGUAAAUUGUCCUUUCCUAGUAACAUAGGAUCCUAUGCCAGUAUAGUAACAUGUCAUCACUCAUGCACUUGUUCUUUGUUCCUUUAUGGACAUGAUACAGAAGGGUGGCCACAUCAUAUCAUUCCAGAAGAUUGCCGAGUUAAUGUGAUAUAUUAUAAAUAUUGGGAGCCAGAUCUAACUGAGGAUCUCAAGUGGUUGAAAAACGUCAGGUUCUUGAAAAUAGCCUUUACUGAAUCACAUGAGUUAUGUAAGCUUCAGAGUUUAGAAACAUGUCAUAUGGGAUACAUUGAAAACCUAAGUAUUGGGGAUUAAAGCAACUGAGACAUCUUUAUAGUGAAUUUGGCGUGGCUUUAUUAGCAGAUGAACAAGCAGUAAAAGAUAAGAUGCAGAAUAUCCAAACCCUAAUUUAUGUGCAUCC